CUGAUGUCUCACGUCAUGAAACUGGCUGGGACAGUGAGAGGGCCUGAAACUUCCCAGCAGACAGCUCCAGGAAUCCUCUCCGACAGCCGGUGCCCCCGUCCUCCUGCUUCUCUAUGGUGUCCGGAGCCCAGCGCGAUGCCAAGGGUCAGCUAGCUGCCAUGUUCAGCAAGAAAAAGAAACGCAUUGAGAUCUCGGCCCCAUCUAACUUUGAACAUCGGGUGCACACCGGCUUCGACGAGCAGGAGCAGAAGUUCACAGGACUCCCGCGACAAUGGCAGAGCCUCAUAGAAGAGUCGGCCAAGAGGCCCAAGCCACUGGUGGACCCGGGAUGUAUUACCACCAUCAGACAUGGGCCACAGAAGACAAUUGUACGCGGCAACAAGGUGUCACGCGACGGCUCACUGACUUGGCUCCUGGAUGAGUUUGAGAAUAUGUCCGUCUGUCGCUCUAACUCCCUGCGUAGAGAGAGUCCUCCAUGUCCCCCAAAGGAGGCACGCGUCCCUGUGGAAAACGGUGUGAGCGACGGGCGUGUCCGGAAACUGCGCGAAGAUGGAGUUAGAGCUCCAGAGAGAAGCAGGACAGAACAUGGAAGGGAUGGACCAAGGGAAGAUCGUAGGGCAGCCCCCCAACAACCACGGGGACAGGAGCCAAGUGGCAAACACCGACCGCCCCCUCCAGAUUACCCCAGGACAUCAGAGAACAGAUCCACGCGCUCUCAUGAGAGAGUGGAUGGAAGGAGAGACCAUCCGGUGAUGGAUGGCGACUACAGCGAACCUGCUGAUAGGGUGGUAAGGAGAGAAAAGGAAGACAGAAGACCAAAAUCUGCAUACACUGGAGGGCCGGGCAGCCCGCAGUCACCUCGGGACAAAAGACCACUGUCUGGGCCCAAUAUCCGCACACCAGGUAACCCUGCCGCGGAAGGAGCAGCGAAGCCGACGCAACAGGCAGGGCGGCCAUUCAAUACUUACCCCCGUGCUGACACCGACCCUGGCAGGGGGGCGCCUCCACAGGUUCCGGAUUCUCGUUCGGCCAACCCUCUCGACCCCAAAGUUUCUUCAAGCAAAGGCAGUUCUCGGCCACCUCCACCCCUCCACCCUAAACCAAAACCUCCAGAAAAGCCAUCUGCCGUCAGCCUCUCCCAGCACGGCUCAGACCCCCAGCUCUCCCGCCCGCCACAGACCCAGCAACCUCCCCAGCCUCAUUCCCCGCAGAGAGAGCCUCAGCGGGUGUCACAUGAGCAGUUUAGGGCGGCUCUACAGAUGGUGGUGGAUCCUGGGGACCCCCGAUCCUACCUUGAUAACUUUAUCAAAAUUGGAGAGGGCUCUACGGGGAUUGUUUGCCUUGCUACCAUCAAGAGUUCUGGGAAAAUGGUCGCCGUCAAAAAGAUGGAUCUCCGCAAGCAGCAGAGGAGGGAACUUCUAUUCAAUGAGGUGGUGAUCAUGCGGGAUUAUCAGCACGAGAACGUGGUGGAGAUGUAUAACAGUUACUUGGUCGGAGAUGAAUUGUGGGUUGUAAUGGAAUUUCUGGAAGGAGGGGCCUUGACAGACAUUGUGACGCACACCAGGAUGAAUGAAGAGCAGAUCGCCGCCGUCUGUGUAUCCGUACUGAAAGCGCUGUCUGUGCUCCACGCUCAGGGAGUCAUUCACAGGGACAUUAAGAGCGACUCCAUCCUACUGACCCACGAUGGACGGGUGAAGCUCUCAGAUUUUGGGUUCUGCGCCCAAGUAAACAAAGAGGUCCCUCGUCGGAAGUCUCUGGUAGGAACUCCUUACUGGAUGGCCCCAGAACUCAUCUCAAGGUUACCCUACGGUCCAGAGGUGGACAUCUGGUCUCUGGGUAUCAUGGUGAUAGAGAUGGUAGAUGGAGAACCUCCCUACUUUAACGAGCCUCCACUCAAGGCCAUGAAGAUGAUUAGGGACAAUCUGCCACCAAAACUGAAAAACGUGCAAAAGGUAUCUCCUUUACUGAAGGGAUUCAUUGACCGGCUUCUCGUGAGAGACCCAAGCCAACGAGCCAAUGCUAAUGAGCUGCUGAAGCAUCCCUUCCUGACCAAGGCUGGGCCUCCAUCGUGCAUCGUCCCUCUGAUGAGGCAGAACCGCAUGAGAUGAGCCACACACGGGGAAUACUCAUCCCUUUACGCAGCCCACCAAAGACUGAGAAUAUUCGGGGGAGCCAGAACACUAAGGUGUCAACUCUGGCAUCUGUUCCUAAUGUACCAGGGUCCCUGGAUAGAAACUACUGAUGGACGCCACUCAAGGUUGUUGUCUCUCCAUCUCUCUUUGCUCUCUCCUGUUCCCCGAGAGGACUUACCUGCAGUUCUCCUCGCAGUCCAUGGUAGCCCCACAAUCAUCUCACCUGACCUUUAGAGGGCUCAGGAAAUUUAUUUGUAACCAUGCACAAUACGCGACCUUGAGAUAUAGAGAGCAACCUAGAACAAUGCUGGGGGGACCUGGUAAACUGCUGUGACGGCCACUUGGCACUUGGACAGACACAAGACGCUCCCCCUCGUUCAUUACCUGGGACUUAACACUGGAAAACAGACGUACUUAGACUGUGGUCGGGGGCAUCUGGAAUAACGGAGGGUGGGCCGACUCUAAUUUCUUGUGUUCUUAGAGGCCGAAUGUGUUAUCCACCUCCUGGUCCUACCUUAGUUAAUGCCUACUCAUUUGUAUCAAGGGGCAGAGGAAGCCCGGGGUCAGAGAACGUGGCCGCCCCUCUUGUUUCAUGACAUUUCUCUAUGCUUUGCACGGUUCAGAAUACCCUCAGAGAUCCCAGAAGCUCUAGAGCAGGCAUGCCCAACCUGCAGCCCUCCAGCUGUUGCAAAACUACAACUUCCAGCAUGCCCGAACAGCCUACAGCAGGGCAUUGUGGGAGUUGUAGUUUUACAACAGCUGGAGGGCCACAGGUUGAGCAGCAUGUGACACACUGCAUCUUCUGUAGGUAGGCUUGUGUCGCCCUCAUGGACAUGAGCACCUUGAAUUGCACCCGACCCUAUUAAUGUGUGACAUACCAGCAUCCAAUCACAUUCAUCAUGUACUAACGCCUGC